AGCUCUAGACCUCAACUGGCUGCGGCACGUUUCUUCCGUGUGAAUGCCCCUCUCACAUCAGACGCACACACACCACAACCAACCUCUACGCUACGUAGGCUACACCAGAACUAAAUAGGGAUGAUGAGAGGCUCCAGUCGUUCAAAAAGCACGCAGAAUCUGGAUCUGACGGUAUGUAUGACCAACUGCCCCACCCUGAUAGUGACGGUGGGCCUCCCAGCCAGAGGGAAGACCUACAUCUCCAAGAAGCUCACCCGCUAUCUCAACUGGAUCGGCGUGCCCACCAGAGAGUUCAAUGUUGGGCAGUACCGGCGUGAGUGUGUGAAGAUCUACAAGUCCUUUGAGUUCUUCCGUCCAGACAACGAGGAGGGCCUGAAGAUCAGACAGCAGUGUGCGUCAGCAGCACUGAAUGAUGUCAGACAGUACCUCGCUGACAAAGGAGGACAAGUUGCGGUGUUUGAUGCCACUAACACCACUAGAGAGAGGAGAGGGACCAUCACUGCGUUUGCUGAGCAGAAUGGCUUCAAGGUGUUUUUUGUAGAGUCUGUUUGUGAAGACCCUGAAGUCAUUGCAGAAAACAUUGUGCAAGUGAAGCUGGGCAGCCCUGACUACACCAACUGCAACACAGAGGAGGCUAUGGAGGACUUCAAGAAGAGGAUCAAGUGUUAUGAGAACUCCUAUGAGACCCUGGAUGAAGUUCUGGACAGGGAUCUGUCCUACAUCAAGAUUAUGGACGUGGGCCGGAGGUACCUGGUGAACCAGGUCCAGGACCACAUCCAGAGCCGGAUCGUCUACUACCUCAUGAACAUCCACAUCACACCACGCUCCAUCUACUUGUGUCGCCAUGGAGAGAGUGACCUCAAUGUCAAGGGCUGUAUUGGAGGAGACUCUGGACUCUCCCCCAGGGGCAAGGAGUUUGCCAAUUAUCUGGGCCAGUUCAUCCAGUCUCAGGAAAUCAGUGAUCUGAAGGUGUGGACCAGCCAGAUGAAGAGGACCAUCCAGACAGCUGAGGCAGUGUCUGUGCCAUACGAGCAGUGGAAGGCGCUCAAUGAGAUAGACGCCGGUGUGUGUGAGGAGAUGAUGUAUGAGGAGAUCCAGCAGCACUACCCGCUGGAGUUUGCAAUGAGGGACCAGGACAAAUACCGCUACCGUUACCCAAAGGGAGAGUCCUAUGAAGACCUGGUGCAGCGUCUGGAGCCGGUCAUCAUGGAGCUGGAGAGGCAGGAGAACAUCCUGGUUGUCUGUCACCAGGCUAUCAUGCGCUGCCUGCUGGCAUACUUCCUGGAUAAGACCGCAGAGGAGCUGCCCUACUUGAAGUGCCCACUGCACACCGUGCUGAAGCUCACGCCAGUGGCUUAUGGCUGUAAGGUGGAGUCCAUCUACCUAAAUGUGGACGCAGUGAACACUCACAGAGAUAGACCAGAGAACGUCAACGUUCAUCGCACCACAGAAGAUGCCUUGCAGACAGUCCCACCUCACCUCUGAAAUGCAAGCCACUCGGAUUGAAGUUUGGGCUCUCCUCUACCUCCCUGUUACUACGUGUCAUUACUUGUGUCUAGUGGUACAGAGUCAAUGGACAUUCUAUCUGUGCAACUCACUCAAUUGAUGGUUCUUUGUUGGGCGAUGUAAUGUUUUCACAGCCUGGUCUCAAAGCAAAACAUACAGUACGAGUCAAAAGUUUAGACUCAGUUUAAACUCAUUCAAGUUUUUUAUUUUUUAUUGUACUAUUUUAUACAUUGUAGAAUAAUAGCGAAGACAUCACAACUAUGAAAUAACACAUGGAAUCAUGUAGUAACCAAAAAAGUGUUAAACAAAUCCAAAAAUAUUUUUGAUUCUUCAAUGUAGCCACCCUUUGCUUUGAUAACAGCUUUGCACACUCUUGGCAUUCUCUCAACCAGCUUCACCUGGAAUGCUGUUCCAACAGUCUUGAGGGAGUUCCCACAUAUGCUGAGCACUUGUUGGUUGCUUUUCCUUCACUCUGCAUUCCAACCAUCCCAAACCAUCUCAAUUUGGUUGAGGUCGGGUGAUUGUGGGGCCAGGUCAUCUGAUGCAGCACUCCAUCACUCUCUGUGCUCAAGUAGCCCUUACACAGCCUGGAAGUGUAUUGGGUCAUUGUCCUGUUGAAAAACAAAUGAUAGUCCCACUAAGUCCAAAACAGAUGGGAUGGUAUAUAGCAGCAGAAUGCUGUGGUAGCCAUGCUGGUUAAGUGUUCCUUGAAUUCUAAAUAAAUCAGUGUCACCAGCAAAGCACCACCUGCAUGCUUCACGGUGGGAACCACACAUGCGGAGGUAAUCCGUUCACCUACUCUGCGUCACACAAAGACACAGGAGUUGGAACCAAAAAUCGCAAUUUUGGAAAAUUGGACCAAUGGAUAGAUUUCCAGUGGUGUAAUGUCCAUUGCUUGUGUUUCUUGGCCCAAGCAAGUGUUUUCUUAUUAUUGGUGUGGUUUCUUUGCAGCAAUUUGACCAUGAAGGCCUGAGUC